GACCAUUUGUCUCUGAGCUUCUUCUUCCUCUUCAUUGAGCUUCCUCUUCUAUAAGAGACUUAAACAUUUUUUGUUCGUUUAAACUCUUGAUAAUGGAUUCAUAUUACGUCAGGUUUGUGGAAAAGGACGAGCCACACUUUCUAGAGUCUUGCUCUCUUUGCCGCAAAACCCUUUCUCUUAACUUCGAUAUUUUCAUGUACAGAGGAGACAUGGCAUUUUGUAGCCAAGAGUGUAGACAAGAACAGAUUGAGUCUGAUGAAAAGAAAGCCAAGAGGUGGAGAAAGGCUUCGACGUCGUCUAGAUCCAAAAAUUCCGUCGCCGGGAAAACCGUACGGACGGAAACUCUCGUCGUGUCUUAGUCAUUACAUAUUCACGAGAAGAGAUCUUUUUGUUUGUGGUUUUCUUGGUUUCAGUUUAAAGAAAACAAAAUAAUAAUAAUAAUAAUAAUAAUAAUAAUAAUGAUAAAUCACUUCUGAAUUAAUGUGUUCUAAUUUAAAUGGGCUUACCAAGAUAUAUGUUGGCCCAUUUGAUAGGACCAUGGGCUCAUUUUGAAGAUUUAAUAUACCUUUUUGUAACACCAUUUGAAGAUUUAAAUACACUAUUUUGAUUUUUUCA